AUGCUGGAUUCUAAGCAAUGCGGAGUGACCAUGACGUCCACUCACAACAAAAUCUCCUUCUCCAUCGUCGACAUUCUGGACCCGAACAAAUUCAACAGUAAGAAGGCAGGCGAACUCGCCAAGUUUGGAGUUGCGGAUGAGGAGGGGACUAGUUCGGAGACGCACAGCGAUGCCGAAGGAGACGCCGCCGCAGAAGAUGAUGACACGUCUGCUUCCUCCAAUCACCACCCGGUCGUGGUCGACCCCCUCAUGGUUACCCCCCCAGCCGAGAGCAACCAUCGCCUACCUGGGGACCAGGACCAAAUGUCAAAGGAGUCGACGGUCAUCCCGCAGGACCCGGCGUUGACGCACAACAAGAGGCGACGGCAAGACCAGAACGGCGCCAAACCUCGGCGUGCCCGGACGGCCUUCACCUACGAACAACUAGUGGCACUAGAGAACAAAUUCCGUGCCACUCGGUACCUGUCGGUGUGCGAAAGGCUCAAUCUGGCACUGUCCUUGAGUCUGACGGAAACGCAGGUGAAAAUCUGGUUCCAGAACAGACGCACCAAGUGGAAAAAGCAGAACCCCGGCGCAGACAGCACCUUGCCGCCGGCGCCCAGCCCGCUAAUCAGUCCCGGCCAGGGCACGUGUGGCUCGGGCCAGGCCGGCUUCCACCAGUCCUUCCCGAACCUCAGCUCUGGGAAUGUCAUCUUUCACACGGCCACGGCUGCUCCCCUUUCAUCCACUGGAGGGCUCUUACAUCCCUUUCUAUCCAAUGCAUUUGUGCAGCCGUCCUAUUUCAAUCCUCACCUAUGAGAGAAGGACUCGACUUUUCCAAUUAUUUCUUGACUGAGUCUGCUAAAUGUGUGACAAAGAGACUUUCUAUUGA